AUGCGCUCAUUCGAACCUUCAGCCAGCUCGUCUCCCGGGCGGAGGGCUCUUCAUGAGCGAACGCCUUCUCAGACGAAUGAGACGUCACCACCCGAGUCUCUGCGCGUUGUUUCUGGCCCAAAUACAUCGGACGAAGACGAUAUCUAUACCGCCACACCGUAUCCGACCAAACCGGAGCACAUUCUAUUGCCACGACCAGGGAAGGGACAUGAAUUCAUUCCGGAUUCUAGAUUCCAUCUUGACGAGGCACCCCACGAAUCUACCGGCACCCUGUCCACAGAUAUUAGCCAUGUUGGUGACAGCAGUCUGAUUGAUCAAUCUAUCGGUGAUCCAUGGGACUUGUCGUCAACCUUUGACGCCGCGAACACCCCGUCACAGGUAUGGGAAGAUGAUCCCAGCUCUAGUAAAUCGUCUUUCCCGGAGCCGAAUCUUCCGGAACAGCACAAAUCGAUCGAUCGCCGAUUCGAUGAGGGAUCCGUCGCCGCGUACUCAGACGAGGAGCCGAUCACGAUACCUGCCGCAGUCCCGACCAUUAAAACUGUUGCUUCCGAUCUCUCGUCCCGACAGACAUCCCAACCAGAAAAUGCAACUUCGAGUAACUCCAGUCCGAACGUUGUUCCCAUCGGACCGCCGUCCAGCCCCAACUUCGUUGCGCUUGAUAGCUCGAGUCUAAACUUCGUUCCUCUCGGUGCUUCCUCGAAUCCCGACUCUGGCUCGCGCUCCAACUCGCUAUCUUCACUCAACUCGUUGGGAACCGUGAUUCGAUAUGCGGGGGCCGCCCCGUGGGCGCACUCUUCUUCGGAGCAGUCAAGCUCGCGAUCUCAUUCCUUCCGAUCCAACCCGGCUCAUCCGUAUGUGCCGUCCGUGCGUUCAUCCUCAGCCCGACUUCGCGAGAGAAGUCAUUCUCGAUCCGCUACUUCGUCUCGAAGUGACCCGCCCUCCGAAAUCCAAGGGAUUGUGGACAGUGGGGUCUUUGUCCAGUAUCCCACCAUUCGCGAGCCCUCGUCUUCAAGCUCGAGGGUCGAUGUGACCAACAUUUCCGACUUGUCAGAUCAGAACCAGCAAGAACCUACUACGGCAGAUCAUUCAUCAGGCCACUUCAAAUCCCACCUCUCAACCGUUACGUCCCGGUGGUCCGCUGAGUAUGACUCGAGGUCGCCUACACCAGCCGACGAACUGGAAGUUGCACAGGAGCCAUCCAGACCUUCAGCAGCCGUUGUACGCCAAAAACCCACGUCAUCUUCGCUAUGGCUCGUAAACGAUGUGGACAAUGACGAACAUAUGGACAACGUCACCAACCUUCCGGCCCGCGCCAAGCACUCACGAUUCCACCCCAGUCUUUCCUCGGAAUCAAGGCAAAGUAGCUUUCGGAGCACUACGCGACCGCCUACGUCUUUCAAUCUCCUCCCCACAUGGGCCCGGAUGUACUAUGGUCAUGAUGGCGGCCAGAACGUCAACUCCUCUCUGUCCCUAGCGGACGGCGCUCGUCCAUCCUCUGCACGAUCUAAGCUUACCACGUUUGAGCGAAUGUCUGCCGCUGUCAAUCGGCAAAGAACUCGCACCAACGAGACUCGCCAAAGCGUACAGUGGGGACCAGACCCGCGUGAUCCUAGGAGUCACUGGCUCCGGAACCCAGAGGAUGAGCGGCCCGGGAGCUCUCGGCAGCAAUUACGGCAUAGCUGGUCUCCUCACCUGUUUCCUGAUCGACGCGCAGUUCGUCAACGAGGUAGUGCCUGGGGCGCUCCCUCUCUGGAUUCCAGGACAGAACCGCUAUUUGGGCGAAGGAACAUUCAAGUUUGGUCCUUCUGUGUGGGAUUCGUUUUCCCGUUUGCUUGGCUUAUCGCAGCUUUUCUCCCUUUGCCGCCCAAACCGGAGAUGGUAGAGGAUGAACAAGGUGAACCGGAGCUCGAAGUAGCCCUUCGGAUGCGACUUCUUGACAUUGAGCGCAGACGACAUGAAAAUGCGCGAUGGUGGAGGAACCUAAACCGAUGGAUGAAUCCCGUGGGCCUGGUGAUCAUCAUCGUCAUCGUUGUACUGGCUGUUGUCGGCACAAAAGUGGGCUUUUGA